CGGCUCUGGAACUCCUGGAAGUCAGUUGAAACCAGGCGCGUCCAACGGUGAUUUUGUUUCGUCCGUAAGCGCAACCGAAAAAAGCACAUGGUGGUUGAUCGAUGAAUUGGAGAAAUGCCUCAGCUUGCCCUCCUCGAUGUCGGCAGCUGAAACCUGAAUGGGUGCUUGCCGGAGGGGUAUGUGGAGGAAGAGUCCACCUCCACAAUGUGGGAGACAUUCUAGGUGCCUUGCCCGUGGAUCCCAGCAGAUCUCGGGGUAGACGAUGCGGACGAGGCUGAGAUGUAGUGGUGACCAUACACGGCGCCAACAACAACCAGCCGUCAAGAGACAAAGCAUGGCGAAGACAUCUCAUUAGGUAGGUACAUCCUCGCCUCUCCAGCGUGCCACGAACUUGUCUUUCUCGCGCCCGGCACUCCUCAUCCUCAAUGUCGUCUCAAAGCGUUGUCCUGCGACAUCCCUCAAUUGGUCCAAUACACGGCCUCGACCGUGGCAACGGGGUACACCAGUUUCUCGGCAUCCAGUAUGCCACAUUACAAGAUCGACUAGCAGAGGCUCAGCUCAAGACGACGUAUCAAACUCCAGUAGACGCUGCGAACUAUGGACCAUCCUCCUUCUCGCCGCCCAACGGUUUCGACAAUGAAACACGACUCUUUAUCCAACAGCCGCUGCCUCAGCCGCCAACUGUCCCUUCGGAUUUGAAUUGCUUGAAUCUCAACAUCACGGUGCCCGCGUCUAGCGACUCCACGAAACGACUUCCCGUGUUCAUCUGGACGCAUGGAGGUGGAUUCGUUGUAGGAGCGAACUCGUGGCCGCACUAUGACCAUGCGAGGGUCGUCCGACUGGCUGCUGAGCAUGGCAUUCCUGUCAUCGGCGUUGGUAUCAACUUUCGUCUGGGCCUACCCGGCCUGUUGACAUCCGAAGAGCUACGGCGGAAGGGGUACAAGCCGAACAACUUGCUGCACGACCAAAGAACUGCGUUCCAAUGGGUGAAGCAACAUAUCGCGGGGUUCGGAGGAGAUCCCGAUAUUAUCACUGUCAUUGGAGAGAGUACCGGAGCAGUGGCCACGACGUUACAUUUAUACUCACAGCAGAAACUGUUCAAUCGCGCAAUAGCUACAGGCGGUUCAUGUCUGCUGAUUCCGCUGUUCUCGCCAGAGGAUCAUGAACGAACAUACCAGCAAGUCCUGUCGAUACUGGGGCUCGCGGAGCUGGGACCCGGAGAAAGGAUCCAGCGGCUCUUGUCGAUGCCCAUGGACGAGAUCAUCGCGCGGUUGCCUCCAUCCGUCGCAUUAUUGCCCAUGAUUGAUGGCGAUAUUAUACCUCAACGACCCACGUACGUGACGAUAGCAGACCAAGAGGACCGCAGCAUGCCAGGUAAGCAAUGGGCUGAAGGCCUCAUCAUAGGAGAUAGCCAAUUCGAUUCCUCCACACUCGCCACCAUGAUGGCCCACCUCAAACCCAACAUCCGGAAACGAUUCUCUGCAUCCAUCCGCAACUCGCUAUCGACAACAACUCCGGAUGUUGCAGAAGCACUGCUUGAGGCGUACGGCUUCAACUCGCCUGCUCUAGCCGACCCUGCCGCGGACGAUGAGGCGGCAUUCCUGCGGUUUUUGCACUUCGCCAAUGAUAUUGGCUAUUAUGCCGCCACUAUAUCCUUUGCACGCGGAUGGUCGUCAUCGUCAUCACCAUCGUCAUCGAAAGCUCUGGUCUUCUUCUUCAACGAGCCCAACCCGUGGCCCGGCCCGUUCCAAGGACAGGCCACCCACGUGCUCGAUGUGGUCUUUUUGUUCCAGAACUUCAAUGAUAAGCUCCCGCCGGCACAACGUGCAGCCGCAGAAGGAUUCGCUUUAGAUUUGAUGGCAUUCGUGUCGGGUAAGACGCCCUGGAACCCAUACACUCCUGGGGCAAGGACAGCCAAGGUCUUUGGACCAUCCUUGACGGACGCUGUAACAAAGGUCGUUGCAGACGCCGAGUCGGUAGAAACUGGUCGUCGGGCAGCUAUAUUGGAGCUCGGGAAGCAGGUUGGACUGGAUAAAUUGGCCGAGGCGUUUGGUCGGUUUAACAUGGGCUUGUAGACUAGACUAGCAUGUUCUGCAGUAGCUAAGGCUUCCAUCAUCACGAUUUCAUGAUCAGAGAUAGACACUUGAGGUACCGUGCAGGUGUAGGUAGACGGGUCAAUACCAUACAGUGCGGUUUUGCAAUG